GUGUGGCAGCAGCAAAUAUUUUUGCCACGUUGACAAAAAUUUGUUCCCGCUAGCAAAAUUGUAUAAUAUAUUUGUUGAAUAAUAUCAAAAUAUUGGAUUUUAAAAUUUGUAGAAAUAUAAAAGACUGUUUUGAUUUUUUCACACGUUGAAUUUUGCAGACGUCAAGAAAAUUACAUAAUAUAACUGUUGUAUAAUAUUAAAUGAAAAUUUUGUUUUUUCACUUAUAAAAGAAUGUUUUGAUUUAUUUUCCAUCGCAUUUAACAUAUAGACAAUUUAAAUUGUUAAUAUUUUGGAUAAAGAAGUUAAAAGUAAAACUGAAAAAAUAGAAGAUUAAAUGACUUCGCGUUGAGAGAAGAAAUUUUAUAAAACUUUUAAGUUUCAUUUGUAACAAAAAAUGAAUAAGAAUUGAAAAUAUAUUAAUUAACCCUAACCCUAGCGUAUAUUGUAAAAACUAUUAUUAUUAUUUAUUAAAACAAUCCAUACUCAAACAUUAAUUAAACCUUAUCCAUCUACCACUCUUAUCCCAACCAUAUAUCACGGAAUUAAUUACCCCUAAUUCAUUCCCUAAUUAGACUAUUGUUUUUAUUUCUCAUCCGGGUAUUUAAUUCCUCAAAAUAUUUGCAAAAUGUCACCCAUCAACACCAUGUUUAUAUUCAUCAUCAUUUGUUUCACAAUGUCAGCUGUUUCAUGCUCGCAUGAAUUGAGAGAUGUAUGCACAGUGGAGGGGGAUACUCUCCAUUGCAGAUGGACUGGAGCAGGGCUCUACAACACCAGAAUCCGACUAGAUGUAAAGAAAGUCGUAUUCGAAAGAUUUUUUGUUGCCGGACAAUUGGACCUUGCAAAUAAUAGAGACCUGCAUUCAAUUGAGAUCAAACAAGGAAAUUCUAAAUGCAGAAAUGUUUUAGCAGCACCAGAAACAAUAACAAUUGUUAAUGGUAUACAUUGUGAUAAUGGAGUCAUAGCUUCUACAACAACAACAGCAGCAACAAGAGUAACACCAGGAUCCACAUUGUCAAUCGGCACCACUGAUAAACAACUGAAGUCAACACCACAUGCACAGGAGGAAGACAAGGGUCUAGAUAAUAUUAAGAUCAUUCUUAUAAUGAUUUUUGCAUCUCUAGCAUGUGUUAUGCUCUUGCCGCUGAUGUUAUUUUGCAUCUGCAAAAAGAAGAGAACUGCAAAAACCAAUUUCCGCCAACACCAAUUCUCCUUCAAUGUCGAUGCAGAUUCACUAUCCAAAAUAGAAAUUGCAGAUUUUGUUAAUACACCAAAAAAAACUGUUUAA